AGGUGGCCUCAGCAACAUGCUGUUUCAGUGCUCACUACCCGAUGCCAUCGAGACAGUGGCAGAUGAACCACGGAAGGUUCUCCUGCGCUUAUAUGGUGCAAUCCUGCAGAUGAGGUCCUGUAAUAAAGGAGAGUCUGUACAGUCUCAGAAGGAAAAUGACUUGCAAGGGGCAGAAGCCAUGGUUCUGGAAAGUGUUAUGUUUGCCAUUCUUGCAGAGAGAGCUCUUGGCCCAAAGCUGUAUGGAAUCUUUCCACAAGGGCGACUGGAGGAGUUCAUUCCCAGCAGGAAACUAAGUACUGAAGAACUAAGCUUACCUGACAUAUCUGCUGAAAUAGCUGAGAAGAUGGCCCGAUUUCAUGGAAUGAAAAUGCCAUUUAAUAAAGAACCGAAGUGGCUUUUUGGAACAAUGGAAAAGUAUCUAAAUCAAGUGCUGAGGAUUAAAUUUACCAGAGAAUCUAAAACUCAAAAACUGAACAAACUCCUCAGUUACAAUCUUCCGCAGGAAAUGAAAAAUCUAAGAGCUAUGCUUGAAGCUACUUCAUCACCAGUUGUGUUUUGCCACAAUGACUGUCAAGAAGGUAAUGUCUUGCUUCUGGAAGGCAGAGAGAAUUUGGAAAACCAAAAGCUGAUGCUCAUUGAUUUUGAAUACAGCAGCUUCUUUUUCAGAGGAUUUGAUAUUGGAAAUCACUUCUGUGAAUGGAUGUAUGAUUACACAUACGAGAAGUACCCUUUCUUCAAAGCUAGUGUUCUUAAGUAUCCUUCAAAGAAGCAACAGCUUCAUUUUAUCUCCAGUUACCUGUCUGCAUUCCAUGAUGGCUUUGAAAAUCUGAGCAACGAAGACAAGUCCAAACUAGAAGAAGAAGUGUUGAUAGAAGUUAACAGGUUUGCCCUUGCAUCACACUUCUUCUGGGGUCUGUGGUCCAUUAUACAAGCAAAGAUCUCAUCCAUUGAGUUUGGCUACCUGGAAUACGCAUUAUCCAGAUUCGAUGUGUACUUUGAUCAGAAGAGGAAGCUGAAGGUGUGAAUGUGGGAGGAGUGGCCUGUUGGUUACUGUACAAAGAGGGCAGCUGGACAGAACUUACACUGUGCUUAGGCUACUGUAUCUAACGAAGGUGUCACUGAAUUCCAGUUCCUUGGAACGCAGGUGUACAGGACUGAAGACUAUAAAAAGGACUUAUUUACAGUUGCAUAAAUACUUGGGAUGAGAUUGGGAGACAAAAGUAAAAUACAACAGUGCAAUAUCUUUAAAUCUUUUUGAUCUAGAAGGUAUUUUAUAUUACUGGAGAAGCUUACAAUUAAGUGUCCAUACCACAUGCACCAGAGCAAACAGUGUUACUGUGAGUACAUUGUCUAGGGGGGUGUUGGUGUUAUGGUUGAUGUUGUGAGUGGAACAGCUGUAAAAGGUGAUUCAUUUAUGUACUGCCUCAUAAUGAGAAGAAGCGAAGGAGACAACUUAAAACUGUGAAGUAGGUUUAAAAUCUUACUGUGAGAUGAAGUUCAACACGCCCCAUGAACACUAUCUUCAAAGCUGCUGAUACAUUACACCACUCUAACCAUAAAGCAA